AUGAUAUAUAAAGAGUUGUACCAGAAUUUAUUUAAUGCACAUGUUGUUGCUCCUUGUUACUUGAAUCCUCUACAACCCCCGUAUCCAAAAUGGUGUGACACGAACGCGCAUUGUGACUAUCAUGCGGGAAUUUCAGGACACUCAAUAGAAAAUUAUACUGCUUUCAAGAAGGUAGUGGAAGGACUUAUCAAAUUGGGUGUUGUCAAAUUUGAUGACUCACCCAACACAGAAAGUCCGUUGCUCAAUCAUAAUGAUAAGGGAGUGAAUAUGUUGAGCGAAGGUAUGGGGGAAGAAGUCAAGACUGACAUUGCUGAAGUAAAAACUCCAUUGAAACAGGUCUGGAAAGAGAUGGCAAAAAGAGGGUUAGUUAUUUCAGAUUUUGAGGAAGGGUAUGAGAUGAGAAAUUAUUGUGAAUUCCACCAUAAAACAGGGCACGAAAUCCAAGAAUGUGAAAGAUUCAGGGCUUUAGUUCAAAGCAUGAUGGAUAACAAGGAGAGGAGGUUCUAUGAAGAUACAGAAGAAAGGAUGAGCAUAUGUGCGACAAAGUUGGGAACAGGGACUCCGAAAAUAAAUCAUCCUGUGGUCAUUAUCUCACGCCCUAAGAGUAAUGAGGCUAGGUUUCAGGUAACACCAAAAAUUGUAAUCACGAAACCGUCAAGUUUCACAUAUAAGGAUGACAAAAUGGUCCCGUGGAAUUACGGAUGCAAUGUGACAAUCUCAGGAAAAAAAGUUGAGGGCAAUAUGGCAAAAGAAUAUCAGGAAAGGGGUUUUUAUACACGUAAUGGUAAGAGUUAUGACACUCAAGCAGAAUUGCCAGGAGAAAAGACUUUGAUGGUAGAACAAAGGAAAGGGAAGGCAGUGAAAUCUGAGCCAUUGGUUAAUGAACCAAUAAAAGAAGAAGAAGCAAAUGAAUUCUUGAAGUUCUUGAAACAUAGCGAAUACAGUGUUGUGGAGCAACUGUACAAACAGCCAGCCCGUAUUUCAGUAUUAUCUUUGCUCUUAAGCUCAGAAGUACAUCGAAAUGCACUGAUGAAGGUACUAAAUGAAACAUAUGUGGCCAAUGACAUUUCAGUCAAUAAGUUGGAUCGGUUGAUCAAUAAUAUAAGUGCUGACAAUUUUAUUUUCUUCAAUGAUGAUGAAAUACCGUCUGGAGUACCUUCAUCAUUACAUCAGAAGGUGAAGCUAAUAUCAGAGGGCCGAUUGGUAACAAUAAGUGCGGAGGAGGAUAUCAUUGCGAUGGUAAUGGGUGAUACACCUUAUGUAGAGACCAAUGAUGAGGCAGUGAAAUGUUCUUUCCGAUCUUUGGAAUUUGUGAACGUAACGUUUAUCACUAAAGGAAACAGAAUUCCGGUACCAAAGAUAUCCAAGACUACCGAGAUGGGUCUACAGUUGAUGGUAGGAAGAGGAGUUUCGCCAGGGAAAGGAUUGGGAAAAUACCUUCAAUGA